CCCCGGAACGUCCCAUUCACUGUUACUCUGGGGCUUUUUCUUCCUCACCAUCUCCCCUGCUCACUAAAACCCUAAUAAAUCUCUCCCUCACUUAGCUUUCCCUUGUCGAAGCCAUGGAGGAAGACGAGCCCCAAACACUAAGCUCUUCGCCGGCGCCGGGUCCGGGGUCCGUCCCCCCAGCGGUGGCGGCGCCGCCCAUCGCCCCCAUCCCGCCGCCCGCCCCCGCUCUCCUUCUCCGCGCCCGUGCCGUCGCCGCCCGCGCGGACUCCGAUUCCGACCGCGAGGGCUCCGCUCCUCGCCCCUCCGCCGACGAUUACGAGGUCUCCGAGGAGAGCCGCCUCGCCCGGGAGCGCCAGGAGAAGGCCGUCCAGGAGCUCCUCAUGAAGCGUCGAGCCUACGCCAUGGCUGUCCCCACCAACGACUCUGCGGUCCGCGCCCGCCUCCGCCGCCUCGGCGAGCCCAUCACCCUCUUCGGCGAGCGCGAGAUGGAGCGCCGCGACCGCCUACGCUCCAUCAUGGUCCGACUCGACGCCGAGGGCCAGCUUGAGCGCCUCCUAAAGGCCCACGAAGACGAGCAGGCCGCCGCUUCCGCUGCCCCGGCGGAGGAGGAGGGGCCUCAGCAGUACCCUUUCUACACCGAGGGAUCUCAGGAGCUUCUCCAGGCGAGGAUCGACAUCGCGAGGUACUCGCUUGCGAGGGCAAAGUCUAGGAUUGAGAGGGCGAGGCGGAGGAGGGAUGAUCCCGACGAGGACGAGGAUGCCGAGGCGGAGUUCGUUGUGAACCAGGCGGGUGGGUUUGCUCUUGAAUGCAGUGAGAUUGGUGACGACCGGCCUCUCUCUGGGUGUUCCUUCUCCCAUGAUGGAACAAUGCUUGCGACAAGUUCAUGGAGUGGGGUUACUAAGAUCUGGAGCAUGCCAAAGGUAGAGAAAGUUGCGACCUUGAAGGGUCACAUGGAGCGUGCAACUGAUGUGGCCUUCUCUCCUGUGGAUAACUGUUUAGCAACUGCAUCAGCUGAUAGAACUGCGAAAUUAUGGAACAUUGAUGGUUCUCUUAUUAGAUCAUUUGAUGGUCAUCUAGAUCGUCUUGCUAGAAUUGCGUUUCAUCCAUCUGGAAAAUACCUUGGAACUGCUAGCUUUGACAAGACAUGGAGAAUGUGGGACAUCAAUACUGGGACAGAGUUGCUACUUCAGGAGGGACAUAGCAGAAGUGUGUAUGGGAUUUGUUUCCAUCCUGAUGGAUCGUUAGCUGCCUCAUGUGGUCUGGAUGCUCUUGCUCGUGUAUGGGACCUUCGUACUGGUAGAAGCAUUCUUGCCUUUGAAGGCCACGUUAAGCCAGUCCUUGGCCUUAGCUUCUCUCCUAAUGGUUAUCGUUUGGCCACUGGCAGUGAAGAUAAUACAUGCCGAAUAUGGGAUUUGAGGAAAAGAAAGUGUGCAUAUACUAUGCCAGCUCAUUCACACCUUAUUUCACAGGUGAAGUUUGAACCCCAGGAAGGGUAUUUUCUGGCAACUGCAUCGUAUGACACCAAAGCAAUGGUUUGGUCAGCUCAAGAUUUUAAACCUGUCAAAACUUUGGCUGGACAUGAAGCUAAAGUUACCAGUUUGGAUAUUACGGGAGAUGGACAACAGAUAGCAACUGUUUCGCAUGAUCGGACUAUCAAGAUUUGGACCAGCAGAUUCAAUGAAAAGGAUAAGGCUAUGGACAUUGAUUAAAAUCAACUCAAUCUUGUGAUUAUUUUCUCUUUAUGUUUUGGCUGGAGCAGUCUUUGCUUCCCGGGUGCUUGAGCUAUGGAUACAAGUCUAAUCUGUUGCUUCAUGGGCAAUCAUCUUGAGUAGCUCUUGGCUUUGUUUUUUUAUACUAGAACUGAAUACAUGCAAUGCACAUCAAGGACCAGGCAGAUGCCUAUGAUCUCAGCGAAGAAAUCAUAUGGUUGGACUCUGUUAGGGUUAGCAUGUGAGCACUUGCAUGUCUUCUUUCUUUAGAUUUCUACCCAUAAGAUAAAUUAUGGAUGGAUGGUUAUGAUCUUUCAAGAAAGAAAUUAUGGUUGGACUCUGGAUUUGUAACAUGUA